UUUGUAUUGUAGAUAUUGAAUGUCCGAAAAUGGCGGGUCGAGCAAAUUUUAAACAGGAAACUAUUCUGAAGCUGUUACAGAUGCAAUUUAAAGAUGAGAAAACAAGAGUAAGUGGUGAUGCUCAGAAAGUGAUGACAACUUUGAUGCAGAUCUAUGUUUCAGAAGCUGCAGCAAGAGCAGCAAAGCAGGCAAAGAAUGAAGGAACAACAGUUGUCGGAGUGGACCAUUUUGAGAAGAUUUUACCACAAUUAAUGCUUGAUUUUUGAAUGAGAGCAAAGUGAUGACAGCUGAGUAUCUGGACAAGGCAUCACCAGGCAGUGUAAUCACUUUAAGGAUUCUCUCCUGAAGCUGUGAUUUGUUCGGAAAUAUUUCAGAUUACGUGAUCAAAAAUUACGUCCAUGCAGAGAACCCACCAUGAAUCAUAUUUCAAGGACUGGAGGAUAUUUCAUACAAGGUGUUAAGCUGGGAUGUAAUUAAACAUGCCAGGGAGGCAGUCUUUUUAACAAUUAAGUUGGAGACAGUUUUGGCACAGAAGACUGACUGGACCAUGGGUGGGGGAAAAACUGUUGAACAUAUUCGACAUCUUUAAGAUGCAUUUUAUCAUGAAAUGUUGGCCUUUUAGUCAGCAGAAAAUAUUUUUAUUAUAUUGGUAGAUGAAUAUUAAGAAGUAACAUAAAUAUGUGACCAUUUUAAAUUUCAUCAGUAGCUAUGUCACAUAAUUUGUACCAGUACCUUAUUAAUUGUGUUAAGGUAUGGAUGAGAAGCAUCCACACCAUUGACCACACCAAAGUGCUGUUACAGUGUGGAUUCAGGUUAGUUGCUUUCACAGGUUGGGGAUUUUCUCAUUUCACAGCACUCUCAAGAUUCUUUCAUUAUUUAUUGCACCACUGUCCCUAACCACGUAGAACAAUGACUAAGCAAAAUGUGGAACAGUGAGACAAACAGCCUGCUGAUUAUUAUCACACUCGUGUUGUUGGGGAAAGAGCCGUCACUGUCGCAGCUAACGCACUGUGGCCUUUGAUUUUAGUCGAGCUGCAAGCUGGACGAUCGGUGAACGGUGGUAUAUUCCACCAUUUAAAACUCAAACGUCUGUGUGAGUGAACCAUUAUAUGUUACCAGUGAGUGAGCGUGAAUGCAUGUCAUUAUUUGGACUCGGUGAGGCACGAGCACGUUUUAACGUUGUGAAUUCUAUCCUUCCAACGCAUUCGUAGAACUGCAGCCGAACAAAUGUCGCUUGCCUCAUAAAAUACACUAGCGAUUUGUCUCUCUUAAACAUGUUGUUAAGUGCCAAUAAAUGCUUCUUUAUUUA